AUGACAGACCCGAUAGUUAGCCUCGUAACGAAGCUGAGGCUGCUUAUCGCUGCUGUUGCUAUCAAAUAAAAAACAAGGCCAACUUUGUCCAAUUUUCGAUUUUCGUUUUAAACAAAUAUUCAUUCUCGCUAAAAAAUAUUUGAAAAUCAACAUGGCAGAAGAGGACAACAGGAGAGGAGAAGGUGGAGAUGGAGCGCCUGGUGCACAGUUCAUGAAUUCAUUUAUAGUUAUGGAAGAUGUUCUUGACAAGCUGAAACUACUUGACUACGAAGCCUCUUUCUGCAAAGAGUGGGGAUUCAAACCAUUCUCAAGGCAUUACUUUGUCGUGGCUACAAAUCCUGGUGAGCAGUUUUUUGCCUACACAUCUAUUGUAACUUGGACACUGAACCAGUGUGGAAUCAAUACUGAGAGGCCUCAGGAGUAUGAUGAUCCAAAUGCAACACUUUCCAGCAUAUUGAAUGAAUCUAGAAAGUUGGGUAUUGCCAUAGAUUUCCCACCAUCAAAACUAAAGACCGGGAAUGGAGAGCAUGCUGUGUAUCUGCUUGACAAACUCUCGGAUGAAGCCUUAAAAUCUCAAAGGUUUGCAUGGAAAAGGCCAAUGCAUGAUGAUGAAGAGGAGGAGGAAGAGGCUAUCGUUGAAGAUGAUGCUGAACUUACUAUUGACAAGAUGAAUGAUGAACUUGCAGAAGAAAUUGAGGAAGCUGACGAUGAAGAGAGUUAUCUUGAUCUUGCUGGUUUGAAGCAGCAAGCAUAUAUGAAUGAGAAACCAGAGAGUAAGCCAGAAGCAAUGCUACAGUCCAACACAGACUCAGCAGAGUGGCAACUGGAGUUAGAGAGGGUCUUGCCUAUGCUCAAAGUUCACAUAAGAACUGACAAUAAAGAUUGGAGAAGUCACUAUGAGCAGAUGAAACAAUAUAGCGAUGGUAUCGACACAAGCUUGACAGAAACAAAAGGACAACUUGAUAAACUUCACCAAGAGAUUAGCAAAACGCUAGAAAAAAUAGCAAGUCGUGAAAAAUACAUAAACAACCAGCUGGAAAAUCUGAUGCAAGAAUAUCGAGGACAGCAAGACCAGCUUGCAGAGGCCAAAGAGCGUUAUAAACAAAGCAGUGGGGGUGUCACCGAGCUUACACAGAAACUCGCUCAGGUAACAGAUGAACUAGAACAAGUAAAACAACAAAUGGAUGAACGGGGAACAAAUAUGACAGAUUCAGCUCCUUUAAUGAGGAUAAAGCAGGCGCUCUCUAAAUUAAGACAAGAAAUAGUCGAAAUGGAAUUACGGAUUGGAGUGGUGGAACAUACCUUACAACAGGCAAGACUUCAGGAAAAGCGAAAUUUGGAAAGUCAGAAUAUGAAAUCCACUAAAGAUGAUUAUAAAGGAAUUUUUUAAUAUUAUCCCACAGUUCUCUUCAAGAAGGUGCACUUUUAUGUUACAAAGAUAAUAAAGAUUGUAAAUACGAAAAAGUUAUUUCAAUUUAGUUAAAAGAAUAAUCAGCACUAUUUAUUUUGCUUUUAUUUUGACCUUUCC